UGCAAAUACACAAAGCGGUGGUGCUGGGAUGGCGGCUGCGAGCGCCGCUCUUAUGGAGGUGCUCGAAGGAGAAGACGACGACGACGGCGAAAUGGUGGUGGGGCUGGGUUCAUACGGAGGGAGGGUGAGGUUGUUGGGCGGCGGUGGAGGUUGCGACGAGGAAGGAGAGGUGGCGGCGGCGGAGACGAUGCUGCUGUGGGGACUUCAGCAGCCGACUCUCGUACAGCCCAACGCCUUCGUCUCACAGUCGUCUCUCGCCCUCGCCAUCGAAACUUGCGGUCGCUCUCUCUCCAUCCUCCAAUCUCCUUCUUCUCUGAUAACUCCUGGAGUAACUGGAUCAGUGAUGUGGGAUAGCGGAAUUGUGUUGGGGAAGUUCUUGGAACAUGCUGUGGAUUCCGGGAUGCUUCUUCUUCAGGGCAAGAAGGUUGUGGAGUUGGGAUCUGGAUGUGGAUUAGUUGGCUGUAUUUCGGCUCUUUUGGGUGCUCAAGUGAUUCUUACUGAUCUACCAGAUAGACUAAGGCUUCUCAGGAAGAACGUUGAAACAAAUUUGAAACAUGAGGAAAUGCGGGGAUCUGCGGUCGUGAAAGAACUGACUUGGGGAGAUGAUCCUGACAGAGACUUGAUACAGCCGUUACCUGACUAUGUCUUGGGAUCCGAUGUGAUUUACAGUGAGGGAGCAGUUGAGGAUCUGAUGGAGACAUUGCUGCAACUUUCUGGAAUUCAAACAACGAUCAUUUUGGCUGGAGAACUUCGCAAUGAUAGUAUCCUCGAAUACUUCUUGGACGCUGUGAUGAAAUAUUUCGUUGUGGGGCGUGUAGAUGAGGCACAGUUCCAUCCAGAUUAUCGCAGCCGGCGAGUAGCGAUGUAUGUCCUGGUGAAAAAAUGACACUCACUGAAACUGAAGACGGCUA